CAGCAAAAGAUUCAGUAUCAAUCUUGCAUGAUAUGAUUUGUAUCAGAGAAGCCAUCUCUACUCAUCUGAGAUCGGUUUUUGAUGUUUCCUUGGAAUUAAUGGGACAAAAAAGCAUGCACAUAAGGUGAGUGUUAAGGAAGAGAGUGAGAGAGAAGGCAUGAAUGGGGAACUUAAAUGCUAUUUUCCUUGUUGGCUCCUCUUUCUCUGUGCAGUCUUCAAUUUUAUCUACAGGUAACUGUAGACCUGUGCUUGUUUCCUUGGAAAUGAGAUGUGAGAUGGCGCAGAAUCCUCAUCAUUCGCUACUCUUUCUUUCUUUCCAUGUAGACUUCCAAAGAGAAGCCCUCCUUUUAAGUCACCGCCAACGAGCCAUCCAUCAAACCUAGACUAGACUUCCAUGGCAGCACUUGGGUUCGCCGUUGAUGCCACUCUCUCUCGGACUUCUUCCGCCCACUCUGAUACCCGUGUCGCCAAGGACGAACCUGUCAUGGCGUUGGAGGAAGAGGAGCAGCGGCAGGAAGGGAUCGGAGAGCAACCCGAGUUCAAUGGGAAGCUGUUGGACCUUAGCUUGUCCAACUCGGACACAGAGAAGACCACGUCGCCGGGGACGCCAGUGCUUGUGCUCAAUCUCAUCGAGUCCUUGGGUUCCGUGGAGCCACCGAAUCCGGAGUCGUCGGAGUCGGAGCCCCGCGUGUUCUCGUGCAACUACUGCCGUCGGAAGUUCUACAGUUCGCAGGCGUUGGGCGGGCAUCAGAACGCGCACAAGCGCGAGCGGUCCCUGGCGAAGAACGGCGGCCGCGGGGGUGCCCGGCUCGGCGACCAAUUCAGCCACAGGCUUCCGCCGAGCAUGGCGGCGCUGCCACUGCACGCGUUGUACGGCGGGCGGCAUCUGGGCGUUCAGGUGCACUCGAUGAUACACAAGCCUUACUACGGCACUUCCUCUGGAAUCGUGUUACACGAACAGCACCGGCCGACGAUGAUCUUCGACCAGCAACAUGGCGUCGGCACAAGGACGUCGGUUCUCGUGGAGCGGUUCGACGAGCCUGGGGUAAUGACCGGGGACAUCCGAUGGGUUGACGCCGGAGACGGUGGUGUAGUGAGCAGGAAGGAGGUGCAGAUGCUUGACUUGACCUUAAGGCUGUAGAGAGGUGGUGUUAGGAGCUCAGCGGUUGCUUCUUCUUCCUUUCACUUCAUCCCCCUGUUCUGGUUCUCUCUCUUGUUGAAAGCAAUGGUUAAUAUAGAUUGCUUGUUCAGAA